AUGUUCACCAAGUCGGUAGUGACGCCUUUGUUGGCGCUUUCAAGCCUCGCCCUACAAGCUGCUGCUGUCUCUCAGAAGCAAUGGACUAAGAGGAGCGACCACUUGUACUUGCCGAAAGAGACUAGCGACUACAAGACCGCGACUGCUCCGAACAAUGUCACUAUUCGGUACAAGAAUCCUGGUAUCUGCGAGACCACUCCAGGCGUGGACAGCUACUCUGGAUAUGUGGAUUUGACACCUGAUGUCCAUGUGUUCUUCUGGUUCUUCGAAUCUCGUAAUGAUCCAGCAUCGGACCCGUUCACCCUCUGGCUGAACGGAGGUCCUGGAUCUGACUCGCUGAUCGGCUUAUUCGAGGAGAACGGACCUUGCAUGAUCGAUGACAACCUUACAGCAGUAUACAACCCAUACAGCUGGAACAAUGUCUCGAAUAUGCUGUACAUCUCGCAGCCUGUCGGAACUGGUUUCAGCUACCAGAAGCAAGGUGUCGGAAGCUUCAACUCGUUCUCCGAAGACUUCCACUACAACUCUAGCGAAUGGCCCGCUACUGGUCGAUGGCCUCUGCUCGAGCCGCUGAACACUGGUACUAUUGAUACUACGGAUCUCGCCGCAGUUGCUGUCUGGCACGUUUUCCAAGCCCUUCUGGCCACCAUUCCCAAGUUUGAUGCCAAGCUUGGAGACUUGGAUGCUGCAAGAGACUUCAACCUAUUCACCGAGUCGUACGGCGGUCACUAUGGCCCAGCAUUCUUCAGCUACUUCUACAACCAGAACCUGAAGAUCGAGAACGGAAGCAUGCCCGGAUACCCACUCAACUUCAACUCGCUCGGCAUAAUCAACGGCAUCAUUGACGAGGCCAUCCAAGCCGAGCAUUACCCCGAGUUCGCUGUUAACAACACUUACGGCAUCAAGGCGUAUAACGACACCGUUUACUCGUACGCCAAGUUCGCGAACAACAUGUACAACGGAUGUCUCUACCAGAUCGCCCUCUGCCGAGCUGCCGCCGAAGGCAACACCACCUACUACCACGCCGAUGCAAAGAUCACCGAAGCCGAGCUAACACCAGGCGAGAUGCAGAUCUGCAACGAAGCAGCAGACAUGUGCCGUGACAACGUCGAAUCUCCAUACUACUAUUAUUCAGGCCGCGGCGUCUACGAUAUCCGUCACACGUACGAGGACCCGACACCCCCCUCUAACUACGGCGAUUACUUGAACCUUGCAGAAAUCCAGGAUGCUCUCGGUGUUACACUCAACUACUCUGGUAGCAAUGGCAUAUACUAUGCUUUCCAAAACACGGGAGACUUCAUCUACCCCAACUUCAGGCUCGAUCUGGAGUACUUGCUGAGCCAGGAUGUGCGUGUUAGUCUGGCGUAUGGCGAUGCUGACUACAUCUGCAACUGGUUUGGUGGUGAAGCUAUCAGUCUGGCGAUGGAGUACACUCACAGCGACGAGUUCCGUGCCGCAGGUUACGCGCCUAUGAUGGUUGAUGGUACGGAAUACGGCGAGGUACGCCAGUAUGGCAACUUUAGCUUUGCGCGCGUCUACGAGGCCGGUCAUGAGAUCCCUUACUACCAGCCUGUUGCCGCGUUGGCAUACUUCAACCGUACUCUGUACCACUACGAUAUCGCGACUGGCGAGGAGAAGGUCACUGCCAACUUGACAUCCUCUGGCCCUGCGAAUGCAACGCACACGCAAUCAUUCGUGCCGAUUACGUCGUCCAUCAUUCAGGCCUUCCCUUCGCCUAUCUAUCCUGCGACGACAUCGGGGUACUAA